GUCUAUUCAGAUUACGACUGACUUUCCUCUUCUAGACCGCCUUUUUCCCUCACCUCAUCCUCAUGUAGCAUCGUUUCCGAAAUUAUAGUAAAUUUGCCUUCGACUCGGAACGAAAUGAGUAUAACAAGCAAGAAAACGUUGAAGUAUCGUGUAUGUUGGAUAAAACACAUGUGCUGCGACGUCCUAGAGUUGCAGUGUCAUGAGCAGCAAUUCCUCCAGUUCGGCAGCGGGGAGGCAGCGGAGCAGUAGCUACAUUAGGGGGCGCAACGCCAACGCGCGAGCGACUGCACAGCCACAUGCUGCAACCGGAGGGAAGAAUGCUGGGCAACACCGGCGAAACCAACAGCAACAACCGCAACAGCAGCAGACCUACUGGUCUGGCACCUACGAGGCACAUUGCGCCACGUACGACAGUAACGCCUGGGGCGCCAACGGAUCAACCGCAUCGCAAAGCGCGGCCGCGGUGCACACAAGAAAUGGUACCUACCUAGAUUUUUUUACUUCUUUUCUACGCUUUUUCUUUACUUGUUUUUGUUUCACUGCCCGAGUGGAAUGCGGCGCUGCUCGGCUCUGGAUGAUUUGUAGCACCUGUUUGUCCUCAUGCCAAGGACGAGAGCUAGGGCUGCGAGGGAUUUGAUAUGUGACAUUGUCUGCAUGGAUGCAGAAGUCAAUUGAAAUCAGUACACGUCGAAGUCAUUAUUUUAUUCUAUUUUACAGUUACAUGGGUUGCCGCGUCCCAGGCUGUUGCUACCGCUUCAGCGUCCUCUAACUCGUCUCACCGAGUGCAGUUGCACCAGCACUCCUCGUGGACGCCAGGGUCACCAGCUGAGGAGCAAUCCUGUCUCACGACGGGUCAUUAUAGCAGCACGACCUCCGCCGCGGUAGAACACGAGCAGGAUAGCAGCCCCGUUCCGACGAGCCAGUGGGUAAAACCCGAGCACCUGCUGAAGAGCCAUCCCGGGGUGCGAUGGAACCCCUGCGAUUUGCUGUUCCAGCUACAGCCAAAGCGCGAACGGGCGACGUCAAACUCGGGGAAGAACACGGGGCGCGAUCCGGGCGACGAUCACGAAAAGGAGCUGGAUCAUGGAGCAGCACCUUCAGGAGACGACAGGGCGCAAAAUGAUGGUCGUGGCCCCGACGACGCUCCGCGUUCUCCCGGCCAAGUAAAGUUGACUUCCAACGAGAACGACAGAGCACACAAGAUGGAUGUGGAUACUAGCAUUGGACCAGCAGCCGACGGAACGCCAGCAACAAGGGCAGUGGAAAAAAACGCCAACAAUUCCUCCAUCGCAGACCCGAAGAUCGCAGGAAGUCCUGGAGUCGCGUCCGGAGAUAAAAAUAUUAUACGAGGAGGGAACGAAGUUUCGCCGAAGAGCAUUGACAACCAGAUUGAGGUGCGCGUUGACUCUGCUCCAUCACCGCGUUCCAGAUCUGAAGCAGGUGGCAUCUCAACGGGGGACGUCGUAUGGGAAAUGCGGCCGCAUUUUCGGGGCGUUCGCUUUCCCGAGCGUGACUUUGUACUUGACCUGUCGGAAGAACCCGGCGAGAACAGCAUGGUGGGUAGACACUCACAUACCUACAGAUCCACAGACCCGGGCCGCUUGGUACUCAAGUACGCAGCGAAGUGUAAUGGCGUCGAGGACGCCCUGCAGCGACUUCACCGGACAGGGUUUCCCUUUGACCUGCCCCCGACCAUUCCUCCCAAAGAUGUGUUUUCGUCACGCGACGGUGCCCUCGUGCAAGAGAUGAAUUCAAACGCCAGUUCCUCCUCCUCCUCCUCCUCGUCUCGCUCUGUGUCCAAGCGUGAAGAUCUACCGGUACGAGCGGAUCAAGACCAAGCUCCGUCUUCCGCUAGCGAACAUUGUUCCUCGGACGAGGUGGAACGCGAUGCUGACGUUCGUAAUGCUGGCGCAGAAAAAACCAAAAAGAAAAAGCUGGCUUCUACUUCACCUCGGCCGUCCUCCAGCAAAAGAUCUGCGCAGAUGACCUCUGCUCCAGUGACCACCACAGGGAAUAAUAUUAAACAAGGUGAAGCAGGAGCAGGAGCCCCUCCUCCUCCAUUGUUCGUCCCCUCCGGACGAACAAGCGGAGUACUACCAACGAGCGCCACGGCUAGUACAAGUGUUGUCGGUGCUGCUGCCAGCACACUAGGUAGUACGGUGUCGGUACCCGUUCCCCUAGCAGUGAAAAUGUCGAAGUUGGAAGCUGAUUCUCAACUCCUGAAAACGAACAAGACUACGACCGGCCAGCAAAAGCAGGCACAGCAGUCGAGUCCUGAUAGUAGUUCGUCCCAGCAGCUGCAGAGUUUUAAUGGUGCCGGUGGUCGUCCAGCGCAAGAAGUUGUCGCUGCAGCAGCAGCUUCGUCGUCGGCACGACCUUCAGAUCAAGUUGUAAAACAGGAGGGCGCGGCCCAGCAAAUGACCACGACUUCCCAGGCAUCCGCCCCUGCUACCACUUCUAUGCGGCGCCCCAGAAUCGCCGAACUGAAACAGAAGCUGCUCCGGCACAAGGAGCAACGACGGCAAGAUACAACGAUCGCUGUUUUAACCACGGCCGACCAGCAGCAGCAGCAGCUACUUCAUCAAGUGGAAAUCGCGAGUGCCGGGUCUUCUACUCCAGCCGCUGCUAGAAGUGCAGCAGGUGCUGUCGGGUUUACACUACUUCCAUCUGUCGCUCCGGUCGCCGCAUCUACUGCUACCGCCACGUCCAGUCUGCUGGAACAAGUGGAAGCUGCCAGUGUCGGCGGAAGCGCCGUGAACAAGAACUCAUUGCCAAAUAAACCUAAUUUCGAAAUCGCCUCGACAACCCGAACCCCCUCGGGUGCGUCGUCGCGCGCCACGACUCCCGCGUUCUUCAUCGCAAAUUCGACAGCGUCGGUGCCCGUUCUACCAACGAAGCGGGAGCACCCCGGUGCUUCGGAGGUCUCCGGGGCGGUAAAAAUGUUGAAUACACCUGAGGGCGGCACGGCGAAGACGAGGACGCCGAAACAAAACAUGCAGCCGCACCCAAGGUCGACCCUGCUGGUUCCACAAAAUACUAACGUCGUGCCAAAAGUAGCAGCUGCAGCCAAACCCUUGGCGGAUGCGGCCCCAGGACUCGCGACCGUGGUGGCUGCAGCGCCCUCGUCUUCGGAUCACCUAACCGAGGGCGGGACAAUCGUGCCCGCCCUUUCUCCAGCACUUGUUGAUUUCGGGGCAGCCGGCGCAGGAUCGGUCGUGACGGCUCCGGUGCAGGAGACGACUGCAGUCGUAGAAAUAGAGGCUGACGACGACGACAUUCUAUCGUCUUCCGCACCGUCUGAGCAAGAUGAACAAAACGAGGAGAGGGAAGAACCAAAUGAAAACCCCGUCGUUGCGGCGCAAAAGAACCAAGAGCAGCUUUCCUCUCCCCUGAAGAAGCGAUCCUCCAAAAGAACUGUUCUUGCCGAGAACGAAACGCGGCGAGAUGAACGUAGCCACGAUAGAGCGACUAAAGAAAGUAGAAACUACGACAGGGCCGGGAGGACUUCGACUGCUGAGGAAGCAGCAGCUGCUGCGAGCGACAACCAGAAGAAAAAAAAGAAGAAAGACAAGAGAGAGGCGACAAGUGUGUCACUAGCUUCGGGUCUUCCGGAUGAAAUCGUGGAGACUGGGGAAACUCAAAAAGGCACCGGCGCCGGGAAAGGUCAACUGCAAAAUGGUGUGGACAAGGAAGUAGAUCAUCUGCAACAAGGCUCGAAGGCGAAGAAGAAGCGGAAGAAAGAAAUAGAGGACGACGACGUUGAGCUGGAAAUGCUCCCAGCAAAGAAAAAGAAAAACAAGCGGAAGAGGGAGGAUCGUUCCGCGGAAAGGCGGGAGAAAGUCCCAAAAGACGCACCACACGCAGACUCGAUGGCGAGUCAGGCCAACGACGAACAUCAUGUUGGGGGUACGAGAAGUCAGGGCUUCCUGCCUGCGAAAAUAAAGCACAGUAAAGACUACGACACGGAAGCCAGUGGUAGACACCGAGAAGAUCCGGCGGCACUGGGCGACACCAGCACGGCGGGAGAAUUACAUCAAGCCGCGGGGAAAAAAAAGAAGAAGAGGAAAUCGGACAAAAACACUGGUGCCCCCAAGGAUCCGCCGGUACAAGAGAUCCUCGAGCAGAUCCGGCCGAAGCUGUCAGCUGCUUCAGAUGGUGACCACGACGAGGCCGAAGACGACAACCUGCAGGAGGCAGCGGAGGAGGUUCUUCUGCCCUCGUCUUCUCGGACGCAGCAAAAGAUCAAAGAAACGCUGGACAAACUGAAGCCCGCUGCGGGCCUUCAAGCGCGACCGGAGGUUAUAAAAGAGCACUCGCACAACUCGUCUUCCUCCUCGCGCUCAGGAUGGACCACCAGUUCCAGCCAGGAAAACGACGACAGUACCCGCCGCAAGAAACCGAGAGAGCCCAGCAACAAGCAACCGAAGUUGUCCGCGAAGGCUCUGCGGCGUCUGGAAAGACAAUCGGAGAGAGAAAAAGAAAAGCGCGCGGUCCAAAAGCAGAAAGACGAGCUCAAGAAAGCCCUACUGCUCGCCCAGAAGCGAAAAGGAAAGAAAGUUGAGGACAAGGACCUGCGUGCGACCGCCAAGUACUUGCGUUUUUUAUUUUUGUAGGAUGUCAAUCUCAAUGCAAAUGCUUUUCUACGAUCACGAUUGAACAGAAACACGGGGGUCUUCUUUGUGUUUCAUCCAUUCAAUUGCGUCGUGUGGAAAUGUAAAUGAACAUGUUUACUCACUACUUUUGCUACGGGGCCGCGAUAGCAGAGUGCAGCGUUCUUCUCUCCAUCGAUCGUGGACCGCGAUGUAACGCAUUGAGAUUGUUUUCACUUAAGGUUAAGUGUAAGUAGUUACCUUCGUGAGCAGCGACUGUACUUAGAUAACUUUGAAAAACUAAAUCAAAAUCGCACAAAAAAAAAUCAGGGAUAAGGACAAGCGCGUUCCUGCUUCCGCAAAGGAAGCUGCUGCGACUGCCAAGCGCGGCCCGACGCGUCUUGUCCGGCCCCGGGAAGAGAAGACCAAGGAUGGUCGCAAAGACGGCGUCGCGGUGCUCAAGAAGAGAAAACGCAAGGAAUCUUCUCCGGUGGAGGAACCCGACACGGUAUCAAGAUCGAGUCAACGGCUAUCUUUUUCCGAGCCGCCAAAGGAUAAGGAGCGUCGCCUAAGAAAAGAGAGACAAAACGCGAUAAGGCCUUCUCGUAAUAAAGAACCAACGGGAAAAAGUAAGGACACGGCAGCGGUAGCGGUUUCCGCGGGCUUGCGAGGUCGGCGUAGAAUGGACAAGAAUUACGUACUUCCGUCGUCUAGAUCGUCACACCGCGAAGCCGCUGCAACGGCCAGGUCUUCGUCUAGUGCGAGCAGGAGCAGCGCAGCCCCCGUGCAAAAGAGGAUCAAGCGCUCGCCCGGACGGCGUGGUCCCAAGGAUGGCCGCGACUAUAAUGAUAUGGUGCAGAAAAAAACCAAAAAUCGCGUCGAGGAGCCGGGGCGCCACGGUUCGCGAUCGCGCUCUAGAGCACGACGCCGGAACGAGAUCGAUGAUUCUCGGAGACAUGCCGCGGUGCGGCGCGAUGGAGGCGAACAGUUGUACAAAGAUGGUGCCGCGCGUUCUCACCGACGCAAGAAGAGGGAGGACCACUAUCAAGAUGACGAGGGAAGUGGUCAUGCAAGCGCAGGAGCAGAGGACGGCAGCAAAGAUCCGAAUUAUCAUGGUAAAAAGCGCAGCUACCGGCGACCUCACUCCCAGUCUCGUCGGCGUGGGAGGGGGAGGCUCCGCGAUGCCGGUGUAGCGAGCAAGUCACAGUCAGCAGGAGACCGCAGCUCCAAGGAGCGAGGUGGAAGGACCACGCGCCGGCGCGACGACGGCCGGGAAGCAGACAAGAAGAAGCCUGAUCUUGGGCCUCGUGGAUAUGGGAAAGUAAUCCAGACAGAAGACGGUGAGAAUCGCCCGCCCCCCUUGAUACCACUUGAGCUCAAAGACCCGGACGACAAAAAAUCAUCGAAACGAAACCGAGAUCAUGAGGAUAGUGAAGGCAAAAAGAAAAAGAAUGCCGCUUCUCGCGCCGGUUCAAGUAAAGCCAAAGACAAGAAGAACAGCAAAAAUGACGAAGGCCCUGAGCGGACAAGUGAAAAUAAAGAGACGAAAGCACGACCAGCUGCUAGUUCGUCGGCUUUUGAAACGGCAAAAGCGGGACUUGAUCAGCAGGACCAAGUGAAGUUGACGCAAACCUCAACAAACAACGAUGUUGCGGAGCUUCAAAACCACGAUCCGUCGCAGGACAAAAACCGCGCGCCGUCCUCCGAUGCACGCACGCCGGCCUCGGCCGCCGGUGCGCUGGACGUAAAAGGGUUUAAGCUAAAAGGACGAACGGUAAAAACUCUAGACGAGGUGCAAAAGGCUGCGCUCCGAGUUCAGCAGGAGGCAGAGGACCGAGCGGCGAAGUCCGCGCAAAACGGAACACAGCAGCCCAGCCACACCAGCAAGAGUUUCGAUGAAGUGAAUCGAGAGGCAGCGCUUCGCAUACAACAACAUGCGGAGCUUGAUCGGAAAAACGAUCACCAUGCUCCGGAUGAUACAACGGUAACAACAAGGGACGACCGCCAGCACGCGACGAGAGGCGCGUCAGGAGAAGCUCUUGCACCUGGAGCCGCAGGGGCUUCGCGGAAGAAAACUACGGCCGAAGUGAAUAAAGCGGCAAAGCUGACCAACCAACAGCUGUUGUUGAAGAGAGCUGCAGCCAUCAUCGACCCGCACAGGCAGAAGAACAUUUCCAGUGGUUCGACAGGUGAUCAGCACAGAUCACGUAGCCCGGAUGAGCAGCCCUCGAACAAUUUUGACACGAGCAAGAUUUCUUUCAAAUUUCUCACCAAGGAGGAUGUUUCGGUGCGCACUAGGAUUCCGCAACCGUUUGCUACGGUGGGGGGCGCGCAGAAGAAAACUCCUGCGCAGAUGAGUCUGGAGGAGAUCAUGCAGAGUGAACAGCCGGCAGCGGGGGCACCGGUGGCAGCCUCGGAGGAGCUCCAGCCGUCAGAGAAAAUGGCGACGGUUUUGCUGAACAGAAAUGCAGUACUAGGAAUCGAAGCGCCGGACGAAGGCGAAGCAGGUGCGUCUUCCGCGCAUGAAGAGCAGGGAAGACGCCACCCUUCCGAUGGAAAUGAGCGACGAGGACCGUCUGCGCAGCGGACUCCGAGGACUGCGGUUUUUGUUUCCAAGGAGAAGGUGUACGAACCUGCUGCCGGCGCGAGAAAAGCUGAAUCCAGCAGUGCAGGCCAACACAGGAGGCUCACAGCCAGCGGACCAAAGACAAUAGUGGAAAUUGCGCCGCAACAAGUAGCCCCGAAGCGGACUGCCGACGAACAAGAACUGAAGCGGAAGACCGUGCUGAUCGGAAGCUCGGCACAGCCCAGAACCGGCUUUGAGACGAGCGUUACAUCCGCGUUGCUUUCGUCUGCGCCAAACAGGCAUCCCAUCGAGCCGGCCGCCGCGGUGCCAGACCUGAAAACCCUUGCCAGUCGGGAUCCCACCGCGGCUUUUUCGAAAGCGUCCGUUACCAUUUCGGCCCGGAUAGAGCAGGGUCUUGCUCCUCCCGGAGCUGCUGCGUCGGUCCUGAGAGCGGGCAUUCAGCCAGGUACUAAAAGUAGUGCUGAGCAGCAGCCACAACUACCGGGAGCUGCGCCGAAAGCUGCGUCUGCGACCGUGAAAGCAGCACCGGAAAUCGGGCCCGUGCGUCUGAAGUCGACGGUGCGUCCAAUCGGGGAGCAGGAGCAGCCAGUGGAGAAAAAGAAAACCUUUUGGGCACGUCUGGUCGAGCAAGCCGCCGGAAAAGGCACAGCACCUGCGCAACCCGAAACGAAGCUGACACGGGCUCAAGAAUUGAUGGCGCGAUCACAACCCUUCAUUAUUCCCAAAGCCGGCGGCGCUGCCGUCUCCAGCAAAAGUCGUGCCUCAAAGAAGCAGCAGGCGCAAAGCCCCGGGCAGCUGCCCAUGGAUUGGAGCAGUGAGUCGGAUGCGGAACGAAAUACGGCGAGCGGAAAAAUACGGAUUCGCGAUAAGCACGCCAAGCAGCAGAAAGAUGCUUUUUUUCAGGAAGCCGCAAUUCCCGCAGCCGUCAAGAUGGCGCGUGGAGGGAAGAAAACGAAGGAGGAAAUCCGGGCCAAUCUGCUCAAGUUGAGGUCAGACCAAAUGCAGCACAAAGUCAACGAAGAGGAAGUUGUGCCCGUUCAAGAAGAAAAGGCGGGAGACAAGAGCGGGCGCGAGAAAAAAGCUAGUCCAGCUUCGGAAGUAGAAAGUAAAGGCAAGAACAGUGCGCCGCACGCCGCAAGCUCUUCAACUGCGGUUCAUCGAAAUCAAACCAGGCAACAGCAGCCCAAAAAGCAGUUUCGACUCAGCGACGUGCAGCCCAACAGGCGCACGAGCGGUGGCGCUAUCGCAGAGGACGAGCAGCACGAAGCCUUUGCUCGGCACGCCCUUCUGCAACUCUCAGACGAUCCUUUCGAUAUGGUGGGGCCUGAAGAGGAAGUAGAACAUCGGCCACAGACGGAGGAAGAAGACUUGGUGUUAGUUCCGCCGCCGCAUUAUGCGCCGGAGCUUCUAGUCUCCGCGAACUACAUAGAACAAGAAAACGUCGCAGAAAGAAUUCCUGGAUCGAGCGGGAAUGAAGACCUGAAAGUCAGCAUAGAUCGUUCCGUGUCAUCGUCCUCCAAGCUACAGAAUCCCCGCACAAACGCCAGGAGCAGAGAAAGCAGGCCCGCCGGCACAACGGGUCGCACUGGAGCUGCAGCUACUGCCGGAAUACAGGACCACUCGGGUGUGAUAGUAUUGGAGGAUGAAGAUGGCAAAGAGCCGGCGCUUCGAGGGUCUUCUAAAAUUCUUGAGAAAGAGAAGGCACAGGCUGCAAGAAAUGCGCCUAAGCAGGCAGCCCCACAGAUCGAGCUGAUUGCAAGUUCUAGAGGGCCCCGAGCAGCAGCGACUAGCGGGCGCACCGCCCCGGCGCCAACAAGCCAAGUGAUAGCGACCUCGAGACACCCGCCACCACCUCCCAGCGGCCCAUCUUCCACUUCUGCGGCAGCGAGGUACUUGGAUCAUUUUUUCGCUUUCGUUUUUUUUUUUUUCGUAUAUAUCUGUUUGGUAUGGUAUGCCGGCGAGGCGAGAGCGUGAAAAUUUUCCAUUGAGCCUUGAAAAAAAAACAGGAAUGCGCCUCCACCUCCCCCACCGCGGGCGAAGGAACCGCCACAACCGCCAACGGUCGAGCAGCAGCAAAAGGGCGCAGCUGCAAGUAAUCCCCCUGCCAGCACAGCCUCAACUGGGACGACCACCGGGACAAAGAAAUACGAUACUCUCUUGCCGGGGCAUUUGGAUUUAGUGUCUCGCAACCGAGACAAGCGCGCCGUCACCAACAAAGGCGUGGGACUUCUGCUGUUGAGCAACAAGGAAGCAGAGCUAAGAGGUGCGGCCCGUAGUACAACUACGCAGCACCAGCAGAGCAAUGGCUCGCAUCCCCUUCCUCACAUGUUGUUGGGGGGCGGUAGAUCCUCAUCUUCCUCGGUCCCCGGCGGAGAGCCUGCCGAAACGACCCCCAGUGCGCUCCAAACGGCCCGGACCCCGGGAGGGACCGUGCGGCCACUGGUAGGAGGGGCUACGCGAGUGCCCAAGGCGUCCUUCAAAGCUCCUCAGCCUAAGAAGUCGGACGCCAGCACCCGGACCAGCAGCUACCUCGACCGCUUGAAAGAGCGUUUGGGCUGAGCACGGGGACGAGACAGCGGGCGGAGAAUUUUUUGACCCGCCCUACUUACCGUUGAUAAAGUGUGAUCUCUCAGCAGUCAGCAAUGAGACUGACAGCGUUCCAUUGCUCAAGCGAGCACGACCACGUGCCUUCCUGGUAAGUACGAUGCAAGCGAGCUUUUCUGCGCGACCUUUUCUCAUCCCUGUCGGCUUUUAUUGAAAAGAAUAUACCUUAAUUGUUGCUGUUCAGCUUCAGUGCAAGUCUACUAGCAGAUACACGACUUUUUGAAACACGCAUGAAACCAAAAAAGAAAACGAAAAUCUAAAACUAUCAACUUACUACAAAAGAAUAAAAAAGCACUGCCAGACGGACUGUAUUUCCAGAUGGCAAGCAAAACUAAAGACGACCGAUUUGCAACAUGGGUAUUUUUCGAAUGAAAUUACGGAAAAACUAGGACUACAAUACCGACGUUCACAUUUGGUGCCCUAGGUAGAGGACACUCUGAGAACGCAAGAUCCUUUUUUUCCUUCAUCAAGUUAACCCCGAACGAGUACGACGACACUCCCUUCAAGAAUUUCAUACUUUUAGCGACCGAAACUACAAAGAACCAAAAUAAAACUGAAGCGUAUUACAUCCAUGAAUCCCCCAUCGGCCGCAAUCAU